UGGAGGAGGAGGAGGAUGCUGGUGCCCGGCGAGGGGAUCAGCUGCAAAGCUUGAAAGGGGGACCGACUGAGAGGACCAGAGAGAUGCAUUAGAGAGGAGGAGGAGGGAACACCUGGCCCUCGGAAGAGUCCCCACAACUAAGCUGGGGGACCUGCCCAAGCCAUGGAGGCCUCGUCUGUGGACACCACCAGUCCGGUCACCUUCUCACAAGUCUUUGGUCAUCAGUGUCAACUUCUGGAGGCAGCCCUGCAGUCGCUCCACACACUGAAUGACCAGAUCUCGGACUUCCUCGUCCACAAGGCCCGGGCGCUGGAGGAGGACGAGCAGCGGGCCUUCCUGCCUGGCGAGAGCAGCACUCUGCGACGGUCCAUGUCCCUCAUGACCCAGCUCCUCAUGGACGCCCAGGCCAAGAUCGCCGGCAUGAUGGAGGGGAACCAGCAGCUGGCGCUGCGCAUCGACGGAGCGCUCCAGGCGGCCGGGCAGGAGGUGAGCGCCCUGCGAGCCGAGCUGGGCGCCGCCAGCCGCAGACUGGCCGAGCUCAGCGCCGACGGCCUCCCCGGCGCCGCCGAGAUGGCCGCGGGCGGAGGCGGCCCGGACCCCACGCAGCCCAGCCUGCAAGUCCUCCUGCGGGAAGAGGUCAGCCAGCUGCAGGAGGAGAUCCACUUGCUUCGCCAAAUGAAGGACACGCUGACCAAGGACCUGGAGGAGACCCAUGGGGGCAAAGCCGCCGAGAUCCUCCCGGCCACGGAGCUCAGGGUCCAGCUGGCCCAGAAGGAGGAGGAGCUGGCCAGGGCCAAGGAGGCCCUGCAGGCCAUGAAAGCCGACCGGAGGCGGUUGAAGGGCGAGAAGAGCGACUUGGUCAGUCAGAUGCAGCAGCUCUACAGCACCCUGGAAAGCCGCGAGGAGCAGCUGAGGGACUUUAUACGCAACUACGAGCAGCACCGGAAGGAGAGUGAGGAUGCAGUGAAGGCCCUGGCAAAAGAGAAAGACCUGUUGGAAAGAGAGAAGUGGGAGCUGAGGCGGCAGGCCAAGGAGGCCACAGACCACGCCGGCGCCCUCCGCUCGCAGCUGGACCUGAAAGACAACCGCAUGAAGGAGCUGGAGGCCGAGCUGGCCAUGGCCAAGCAGUCUUUAGCCACACUGACCAAGGACGUCCCCAAGCGGCACUCGCUGGCCAUGCCCGGUGAGACGGUGCUCAACGGCAACCAGGAGUGGGUCAUGCAGGCCGACCUGCCCCUCACAGCCGCCAUCCGGCAGAGCCAGCAGACACUCUACCAUGCCCACCCUCAGCACACAAUGGACCGGCAAGGGGUCCGAGUCAGCCCAUGCCACUCGCGGCAGCCUUCCAUCAUCUCCGAUGCUUCGGCAGCCGAAGGGGAUCGGUCGUCCACGCCGAGCGACAUCAACUCGCCUCGGCACCGAACACAUUCCCUCUGCAAUGGAGAUAGUCCUGGACCGGUACAGAAAAAUCUGCACAACCCAAUUGUCCAGUCUCUAGAGGACCUGGAGGACCAGAAGCGGAAGAAGAAGAAGGAGAAGAUGGGCUUCGGCUCCAUCUCACGCGUCUUCGCCCGAGGGAAGCAGCGCAAGUCCCUGGACCCCGGCGUCUUUGACGGAGCUGCCCCCGACUACUACAUAGAGGAAGAUGCGGAUUGGUGACGGGCCGCCCCCCCUCCCGCUCCCGGUGCCCGUGUGAGUGUGUCGGGGGGGAUGAGCCUCCAGCUGCGCCAUGGCCUGAACCCGGCUGCUCCCACGUGGCCCUCCUGUGACCACUGUACAUAGCCCCCCCCCCACUCCCGUGUACGAACCCCUUAACUGUCGUCUGUUGAGCGAUGCCCGUGUUGUGUAGCCCUCCCUGGUCCUGGGAGUGUUUGGUUGAUUUUGUUCUUCCUCCUCCUCCUCCUCCUCCUUCUCUCCCACCAGUUUUUGUUUUCUAUGUUCUUCCCUUUCUUGCCCCCCUUUUCUUUCUACAAAACUUGAAAAACUUGAAGGACUGCUGCGCAUUUGUAAAUAGCCACCACCACCAUGGUGCACUUUGUGCUUUGUAAAUGUCUCCUGCCCCCCCCCCAAAAGCCUAUCUUCACUUUUGGGGGGGCAGCCAGUGUUUCGUGGGUUUGCCGGGAGGGGCAGCUGUGGAUGAAUCACCCUCGGUCGGGGGAUGGGAUGGGGGGCUUUGGCGCCCCCCCAAAUUUCAUGCAAGCUCCGGUUGAGAGAAGGCCCCUUUUGCCCAGCAAGCCUCACCAUCUCUGGCGCCUUCAGAUCCCCUUCCCCCCCCCCGGUGGCUCUGGGGCCACAGACCCGGCCAGGUCUCUCCCUCCGUCAGCCCUUUCGCCUCCAGUGCCCCCUUGGUCCCCACGCACCCUCUCGAGAGAGCGGCGUCCUUCCCACCCCGUUUAGUCCCUGCUCAGCUGCGGCCUCUGUGGGGCUGCCUGGCGAUGCCGGUGCUGCCGGCCUCCUCGCUCCCUCCUCAAAGUCCCUCUGAACCUGUGCCACUUCCCACCCGCUCCCUGUCUUCUCCAUCAUCCUUUUCCCUCUUUCAGGCUCUUGGGGGCAACCCCCCUCCUCCCCCCCAAGUUCUGUGGGGUUUCCUUCCUGGCCGGAAGGCAAAGCUGGCCGGGCUCUUGGCUGGCCCUCUUUGGGCUUUCUGUGCACACAACCGCCCCCUCGUGCCAGUCCAGGUGCAGCUGUUGCCCACACCUGGGGAAGAAGCCACCUAGAAAUGAGGAGAAAUUUCUUGACAGAACAGUGAAUCAGUGGAAGUUGGAGGUUUUUACGAAGAGACUGGACAGCCACUUGUCUGAAAUGAUUUAGGGUCUCCUACUUGACCAGGGGGUUGGACUAGAAGGCCUCCAAGGUCCCUUUCAGCUCUGUUAUUCUGUUAGUAAAUGGGGGGAAGCUCCUGGGGUGAAUGCAGAGCUUGAACUGGGGGGGGGGCAGGAUGUUCCCAUUUGGGCCUGGAUGCUUUGCAGGGCCUCCUAAAUGUCUCAGUGCCAAAUUCCCGGGGGAGUCGGGGGCAAAAUCCCAUGCGUGGGUGGGACACUGAAGGCCAGCAGACACACAGGUUCACAAAACACCUCACCCCCAUGCAUGCACACACACACACCAGCAUCUCCCAUCACUUCCGCCCCAUCCCGUUGUACACCUUCAGGGCCUGUGGAUGUUAGCAGAGCGUAGAGGGGGGGGGGGCUGAGAAGGAGGAAGCUGAAGAAAUUACAGGCUAAUGAAAAAGGAGAGAUCGAGCUGGCUCAGAGCCCCCCCCCCAGGAGGGAAGGGAAAAACCAGCCCUGCUUUUUCAGGCAGGUGUUUGGAAAAGGAAGAAGGGAUAAAAGGUGUGCAAGGACACAACUCUCCCAGGGCUGUGCAAACACACACAGACCCCAGGCUGAGCCCCUUCAGGUCAAAAUGUGGGCUGGCUUCUGUAGCUCCCUCUCCUGCUCUUUCUCUUUCUCUCUCUCUCUCUCUCUCUCUCUCUCUCUCUCUCUCUCUCUCUCUCUCUCUCUCUCGUUUGUUUUUAAUGCAUACUCAUCUUAAUUCCUUAAUCCUUUUUUUUCAUCUUCCUCUCUUCCCCAUUGUUUCAUUUUAAUUUAUUUGCACAAUACAGAAGAUGUAUUCUAACUAAAUUAUUACAUAAAUAUUGGAAUUUAUAUUUUUCCACAUUGGGUGGGGAUUUUGUGAAUGGGUGGGGGGUUGUUUUACUCUUUUUUUUGUUUGCUAUGUUGUGCACACGAUGGCUCCACAGAGCGAAACGGAGGUGGGUUCUGUGCCGAGAGAACAAAUCUGACUUGAUCAUUUUCCCUCCCCCCCCCAUCUCCUGACCCUGUGGAAAAGGUGCCUCUGGAUUUGCUAGGCACCCCCCCCUUCCAGACAGGCAGGGAACUGUGGGUCCUGCCAGAGGGAGCAGUGCAGCUUUAGCAGACUCCAAACACCAGCCCUGGCAGGGGGGAGGGCCCUGGCCUAGGCAAAGUGGGGGGGCUGCGGGACCCUUUGGCCCUGGCUAUCCUCUCUCUCACCCCUAACCUGGCCCCAGACCACCCUGCCAUUGACCCCUUAGUCCCCUUAGCUUGCCCAUUGUCCAGGCUAAGGAGAGCCCACUGCCACAGGACUGGGUACUUGGGAAAGGGUCCGGCCUUGGUGGCCUCUCUCCCGCCAGUGCCCCAGCAGCCCUCCUUGCCCCCUCACUGGGCAGGUCCUGGGGCAGAGGGACGCUGAUUUGGGGGCCGCUCUCUUCCCCAGCCACGUGCCUCCAGCCUGGCGCCCUCACGUCAGAGGCUCAGGAAAACCCCGAAAUGGUUCCUUGCAGGGAACCAGAGGUGAUGCAAGGAAUGAAGUUCCGGUUGGGGAUAAGCACUGGUGGCCGAUGAAGGCGAAGGAGAAGGGCAGGCGAGGGGGUGUCCUUGGAGAGAGCUACCCCAGUGAACCCGUAAGCUGAAAAGGAGUUCAAGCCGGAGGAAAUGGAUGCGAAGGCCUCUUGAACUGGACCUCGUGGUGCGACACCACCUUUCCCGAGAGUUGUGGGGUGUGCAUAAUUCCUGUCUCGCUGGCGCCUUCACUCCAACUAACUGUCCUUCGAGCUGAGCAGGUGGGCUACGACCCUCUCCUGCCAGGAUUUUUCUUUCUGGAGUCAUUUCCAAGGAAAAGGGCUCGGAUCUCUGGGUUUUUUCCCCUCAAAAUUAGAUUAGGGGGCAACCUCCCUCCUCCCUGCGAGAAGGAAUUUUCAUUCUGCUCUUCCCUUCGCUUCCCAAGCUCAGUGGCCAUGCAGCUACCCAGCUUGCUGUUAAAUAAGCAAAACAGCAGGGACCAAUUUUAGCCCCCGGCCUCCCCCCCUCCCCGGUUUUCUUUUGGCCAUGGUUGCGGCCCCCCUGCCCUCCCACCCCCAUUUUCUGCUUUUCUGCACAGCUGCUGCGUCGUUUCGGAAGACAGGUCUUCGUUGUGCUUUUCUGCCCCUUGAGGCAGACCUGGUAGCCAUCCAGACAGGCUGUUUGGGAAAGGAGGGGGUCCCGGUGGGCCGAUGGUCAGAUCGUCACCCCGAGUUGCCCUGGAAGAGGUGAGAGGAAGGCUGGCCCAGGUAGGUUGCAACACCUGACAGGGCAAGGUUAAGGUUAAGCAUUCCACAGGGAGACCUGGACCAUUUAAGGGGGUGGCCAGGAUUUCAUCCUCCCUGCACUGUCAGGGGGUCCCUUCUGGGGAGAACUUGCUCCAAAGGGCUGGACCACUUCCCCCCUCCCCCUCCUCCCCUCCCUCCCUCCCUCCCUUUUAAUUUGAAAUAAAAUUGGAAGCACCUAAACUCCAGGAAUGCAUUUCUAAGUCAUUCUCUUUUCAAUUUUCCACCUUUUUUCUUUCUUUCUUUCUUUCUUUCUUUCUUUUUCUUUCUUUUUUGGUAAACUAGGAAAUAAUUAUUUUAAAAUAAAGGAAACAAAACUAAGAAAGGUGAUUUAUUUAAAAGAACUACCAUUUUAAAACAAAUAGCUUACAAAUUAUGGGUAACCUUAGAUUUUACUUCGUCUCCUUCCCUUCCCUUCCCCUCACUCGUGUUGUCAGGGAGAAACAAUUCCUUCAAGGCAUGGAUGCAAAUAUUGAAAAAAUAAAAACAAUACACAACUAAAUAAAGCUUAUUUUAAAGUA